AGGAGCGAGACGUUUUGUCUCCCACCAGGGUGAGGAACCCAACAAAAGAGAGAGACUCUUCCGUGUCUUCUGCAGACAUUUACACACUGUUUCAAACUGUACAUACACUGCACAUAUAUAUAUAUAUGUGUGUGUGUGUGUGAGUGAAAAUGGGGGAAUGGAUGAUUUCAUCGUGGGAGCUUAUGGAAAGUGCGAAAGAGGAACUCGAGAUCCUCCAAACCCAUCACCCAAACAGAUUCCACUAUCUGAAAUCUGAGCUUGAGAUCCUCCUCCGUGAACUCCACGCGCCGCCGUCUCUUCCCUCCUCCGGCGAUGCCGUCGUACUCACUCAAGAAUCAUCGAAUUGCAAAAGCAAGGAAGAAACGAGGAAGAAGGGAAAGGGCAUGAACAAACGUGGAAGCCAAGUCUCAUCCUUCAAAAUGGCUCAAAAGGUUAUUACAAAGAGAAAAGACAGAGUUGAUUUGGCUCUCGAAAGGGCUCAUCUCUGCCUUCAGAAGAUCAAAGUUGUGAAAUCUUCCUUGUGCUAAUAUAUGCUUUUCAUCCAUCUUUUGGGUUAAUUAUCGGUUCCAUUUGAUGAAAUUUGAAUUCUAGAUUUAAUUUUAUCAUAGACAUUGG